UUCAGCCACACCCAGCGUGAGCUAUCCUUCUCGGAUAAAGACGAACAAUUUUGGAGGUUUUGAAAUCAGGUGUUCUUAUGACAAUGCCAGCUCAGUGAAGUUGAGUCCUUUAGAGCUUGGAAAACAGACCCACCACAUUUGCCUUUCAGAGAACUUCGGUGUCAUAUAUUUUAUCCUGUCAUUUGAUCCCGAGAAUAACCCUGAGGCAUUUCUUUCAAAUGGAAAUACAUGUACAAGUAAAUAACAUGCCAUAGGUGGGCAUAUAAUGCCAUAUGGCCCUAAUACCCCUUUCUAUUACGGAGUCUCUCCUUGAACAACCAUCUUUGUUUCUGCAAGUGGAGAGCUACUUUCAUUAAAAAAGAAGUCAAAAGAGGAAGCGAAAGUAGAAUGAUAAAAGCGAUGAAAAAUCAAAGAUGAUAGGAUGAGCCUUGUGUAUUCUAUUCAGCAAUGAAAUGGUGUCAACGACAUGAACAGUAUGACCAAAAAGCGACUCCACGCUUUGAGUCGUCGAACUUAGAGAAUAACGUUGGUCUUUGAAGCUUCCUGGUUCAUGCCUUGUGGUGGGCUCUCUGCAUGACAGUGGUUCAUUGAACUCAAUCUCAGAUCUGUCAGUGCCAGGGACAGUGAGGGCCUUCUUCAGUAUUUCAGCUUCAUUUGUUUGCUGCCAUUACAGCUGUUGUUGUUUCAUCUGCAUGGAAACUUGAUUAGUAGGUUCCACUAAGUGUGGAGCAUUACAAACAUGUUUCGCUUUGAUCCAGACAAAAAUUGUGGUGAAGCUUUUAAUGUUUCAGGACAUAUAGAUGUCUUCAUUGAUGGAGAGUUUUUCUCGAGGAGUAAGUUUACCAGGACUGUCAAGAUUGACCUGGUGUUGAACUCAAGCAAUGAUACCGAAAGCUCCAAAGAUUCGUUAUUUACUAAUUUCAGAGACAGUGAACUCACAGGUCUUAUGACUUGUAAAAAAGAAGAAAGUUCACUCUGUUGCGAGGUUCCCUCAGCAUCCUCAAACAGUAGUCCCCUUGAGUCUCUUACAUCUCUUUCAAGUCAGGUUCCUUCAGAAAUCAGCAAAACUCGUCCAGUCAAAAGCUGUCAUUCCUCUCCUGAUCAAGACUCAGGGUCUGUCAGCGAAAAUGAUUGUGAAGAUACAAAUUUUAGACCAGAGACUUUAUUAACUUUAGGAAAAGGAAAGGAAACUUUGAAAAAUAGUAGUUUGGCAAAGAUAGAAUUGUCGCAAAUUUGUACGAGAAAAACUAAAAACACCUUGAUGCAUGUUGAUAAUGACUUAACAUUAAAGGAAGUUCAAAAGGUUUGUCAUUGGGAUACCUGGUCCCUAUGUGAGAAUCAACAUGGUAUACUGGCCAAAGGCAGCUCUACAAACCCAGAAAAUUCCGCUGUCAGUGCAGCCACUCUGAUGUUACCAAAACAAGAAACCCAAGAACACCAUGAUAAUCUUAAAGUCUCAUGUUUGGUGGAGAAAGAUGGUCGGACUGCUUGCUCUGUUACUGUUAAUGAACACUGGAAUGUGAACCAAAGAAAUGAGCAGAUAGUCACUGACUCUGUUGUAUUGGAUGUAGAAGAAAUUCUAGAAGAUUCCAGUGUGGAAAAGAAAGCAGAUGAAAAAAGGAGUUGUGACGCUAGUAGUGCAAUUGUUUCGAGUUGUACCAUUCACAAGGCAACCAAGCGAAAAGGAUGCAGUGAACGAGAGAAGGACACUGUUGUGAAAGACAAAGUUGCCAAAAGACCAACAGAAGAAGUGGCCAGUGGCAAGCGUCUUGCCCCCCGGUUCACUUGUGAACUCUGUGGAAAGACAUUUUCAUCCAGAAGAGCUAAGGUAGAGCACCGUUUAAAUCCAGAGUGUGAGGUGAUGUGUCGGGUGUGUAACACCGUUCACUUCUCUCAAGGCUCAUUGUUGGCUCACUAUUGCUGUGUUCACCCUGAGGUACAGGACCUGAAACAACAGUUUGAUGAUGAAUUCCCAUGGGUGGAUUUGAAAGUUUUCAGAGACAAAAGUGAUUGUCCUCUGUGCUUGAAGUCUGUGAGUGAUCGUGGGUGCGUGGUACAUUUUGACUCUGUUCACUUCUCCAAUCCAUUGUAUCUGUGUUGUGUGUGUGGAGAAAAGUUUAGAACAGAGUUGUUAUGGAGAGAACAUUGCUCCUCACGGCACGGUAAGAAAACGGCUACCCGUCGAUUGGUAAAAGUAAAUGAACACAGAACUGGUAUUUCUUUAAAAGAUAGUAAAACAAAAGAUGUUGUGAGUGAAGAAUGUGACAUGGAUGGACAAGAUGCAAAUAUUAACAGUAAUUUUCAUUGUAAAUAUUGUAAGAAGACAUUUGGAAAUUAUAAUCUAUUAUUGGCUCAUCGAAGAAAGAAGAAGAUCGGUGCGGCCACCUGUGGACGCUGUGGGUUAAGUUUUUCUGAGCAGGCUUAUUUAAUAGCACAUGAAAGAAGAAAGCAUGGUAUUGGCCCAGCUGAUAAAUUAGCUGAAAGUAUGGAAAACCCCGGUAUGAUUGAUUGUCCUAUUUGUUCAGCUAAGAUGAAGAAUGGAUCCCUGAUUGAACACAUUAGAAGAAAUCAUGCAAGUGAUUUUAGUUAUAAGUGCUGUGUUUGUGGGUAUAAUUGCAAAACAAGAGAUGCCUACGCCCGACACUGUGAAAAAAAGCACACAGAGAAAAAGAAGAGUAAACCUAUUUUUCAGUGCUCAGUGUGUAAUGAAAAAUGCCAAACUGUGAGUGAAUUCAACAGUCAUAAAGCAACGCAUUGGAAAACUUGCAUUUUCUGUGGCGAUAACUUACCCAUGCGUAGUCAUCUACAGCGACAUUAUGAGGAGAAGCACCUGGAAAAGCUGCUGCCAUGUGAUCACUGUGACAGGAAAUUCCCAUCUCUGAAGACGUUGCGCACUCACCAGAAGUACGUUCAGUUCCUCCCCAGGCGUCCCUGCCCAAAGUGUGGGGUCAUGUUAUACUCUUUACGGAAUCAUAUGAAAUCUAUGCAUCCAGAAGUUGAGGUGCACGCACAGUGCAAUGUUUGUGGCAAAACGCUCAAGAAUGAGAGGUCUCUAAAGGAGCAUAUAGUGCGGGCUCAUGGCAAUCGACAGAUAAUUUGUUCUGUGUGUUCAAAAGUCUUCAGGCAUGCAGGGGCUUUGAGGAAACAUCUCACAACUGUUCACUUUGUUGAAAAGGUAUACGAGUGUCAUAUUUGUGGGAAAAAAUGUUCCCAGAAGUACAAUCUAAAGAUUCACAUGCGAGUCCAUUCCUUGCACAAAGCUUUCUCUUGUCCUGUUUGCAGCCAGGGAUUCAACUACAAGGCCUCUUUGCAGAGCCACAUGCGUUCUAAGCACCCUGAUCAUGAGCCUAUUCCAUGAAUGGAACCCAUAUAUAAAAUGGGUACCUUUUUAACUUUAUUGUUGUGUAUUGGUUCUGUUUUCCUGCACUGGCUUCUGUGGUGUAGCAGUUACGGCUUCACCCUUGCAUGCAGAAGACACGGCUUUGAUUCCAGUGACAGGAGAAUAUUUUUUAUUUGAUAUGUUCAUUUUUAUGAUGGGACACUGCAUUGUAUUCCUCUCCUUUUAAGUUAACCCUGACAGGAAGGGUGGAAUCAGAUUGCCUCCUAAAUGUGAAGAGUGCUGAUAAAAUUAAGUUACUUCUCGGAUUCGAACCCAAAUGGAAAAAGGUACAUCACGCUUGUAGCCUACUUAUAAGUGGAGUUUUUUUCAAUUUAUAAAUAUGAAAUAAUAAAA